GGGCUCCUGGGCACCACCACUUGCCCUUUGGCUGUUGAGCUGCCCGUGUGUGCCAGGCCCAAGCCAGCGACCACCAUGGUGAGGCUCGUGCUGCCCAACCCUGGCCUAGAGGACCGGAUUCCAUCUCUGGAUCAAUUAGAAGUCAUAGAGAAGGAAGAGGCCAGCUCCCGGCCCAAAUGGGACAACAAGACCCAGUACAUGCUCACCUGCGUGGGCUUCUGUGUGGGGCUGGGCAACGUGUGGCGCUUCCCCUACCUAUGCCAGAGCCAUGGAGGAGGGGCCUUCAUGAUCCCAUUCCUCAUCCUUCUGGUGCUGGAGGGCAUCCCCUUGCUGCACCUGGAGUUUGCCAUUGGCCAGCGGCUACGCAAGGGCAGCGUGGGCGUGUGGAGCUCCAUUCACCCGGCUCUAAAGGGAGUAGGAAUCGCCUCCAUGUUCGUGUCCUUCAUGGUGGGCCUGUACUACAACACCAUCAUCGCCUGGGUCAUGUGGUAUUUCUUCAACUCCUUCCAGGAACCUCUGCCAUGGAGUGAAUGUCCACUCAAUGUGAACCAGACAGGCUACGUGGAAGAAUGUGCCAAGAGCUCCUCUGUGGACUACUUCUGGUACCGAGAGACUCUCAACAUCUCCACUUCCAUCAGUGACUCAGGCUCCAUCCAGUGGUGGAUCCUGCUCUGCCUGACAUGUGCCUGGAGUGUGCUGUACGUGUGUGUUAUCCGUGGCAUCGAGACCACCGGGAAGGCUGUGUACAUCACCUCCACCCUGCCCUACAUUGUGCUGACCAUCUUUCUCAUCCGAGGCUUGACCCUGAAGGGUGCCACCAAUGGCAUUGUCUUCCUGUUCACACCCAAUAUCACGGAGCUGACCAACCCCAACACAUGGCUGGAUGCAGGCGCUCAGGUCUUCUACUCCUUCUCAUUGGCCUUUGGGGGGCUCAUCUCCUUCUCCAGCUACAAUUCUGUGCACAAUAAUUGUGAGAUGGACUCUGUAAUCGUGUCCAUCAUCAAUGGCUUCACGUCUGUGUAUGCAGCCACCGUGGUCUACUCCAUCAUCGGCUUCCGAGCCACUCAACGCUUUGAUGACUGUGUCAACAUGAACAUCCUGACUCUCAUUAAUGGGUUUGACCUCCCUGAGGGCAAUGUGACUGCAGAGAACUUUGAGGCCUUUCAACAGUGGUGCAAUGCCACCAAUCCCGAGGCCUAUGCACAGCUGAAGUUCCAGACCUGUAACAUGAACAGCUUCCUUUCUGAGGGUGUGGAGGGCACGGGCCUGGCCUUUAUUGUCUUCACGGAAGCCAUCACGAAGAUGCCAGUGUCCCCACUGUGGUCGGUGCUCUUCUUUGUCAUGCUCUUCUGCCUGGGCCUCUCAUCCAUGUUUGGGAACAUGGAGGGUGUGGUUGUACCCCUUAAUGACCUCCAUCUCAUUCCUAAAAAGUGGCCCAAAGAACUGAUUACAGGCCUCAUCUGCUUGGGGACAUACCUCAUCGCCUUCAUUUUCACACUGAAUUCGGGCCAGUACUGGCUCUCCCUCCUGGACAGCUAUGCUGGCUCCAUCCCUCUGCUAAUCAUCGCCUUUUGUGAGAUGUUUGCUGUCGUCUACGUGUAUGGAGUGGACAGGUUCAACAAGGACAUUGAGUUUAUGAUCGGCCACAAGCCCAACAUCUUCUGGCAAGUCACAUGGAGAGUGGUCAGCCCACUGAUCAUGCUGGUCAUCUUCCUCUUCUUUUUCGUGAUUGAGGUCAACAAAAAGCUCAUGUAUAGCGUCUGGGACCCUGACUAUGAGGAGUUCCCCAAAUCGCAGAAGGUCCUAUACCCUGGCUGGGUGUAUGCAGUGGUGGUCAUUGUGGCUGGGGUUCCCUGCCUCACCAUCCCAGGCUUUGCCAUCUACAAGCUCAUCAGAAACCGUUGCCGGAAGUCUGGUGACCACCAUGGGCUGGUCAGUACACUGUCCACAGCCUCUGUGAAUGGGGACCUUAAAUACUGAAUGGCCUAGCCUGCAUGAGGCCCAAGAUGGUGUCUGGAGGAGGCACGAGACAGAGCGAUUGGGGGAAGUGGGCUGUGGUAUGUGUGACUAUGUGAGUAUAUAUACAUGUAUUCAUAUGUCAAACAGAUGUGUACACAAGCGUUUCACAAACAUGUGGGCACAUAGGCAUAUUUAUGUGUAUGUGUAGAUGCAUAAUUAUAUAUGUGGUACAUGCAUGUGUAAGUGUGUAUAUGUGUAAGCGGGAAGCUGUGUAUGCAUGCUAUGCCUAUCUUCAUGCAUACAUACCUGGGAGUUGCCUGUAUAUUUGUGUACAUGUGUGUAUGCACAUGUAUAUUCUCUGGAUGUAGUUAUGCUCAUGUGUUAACAUGUGUGUAUACAUAUAUUCACACAUGUGCACCUAUAGGUUUGUGUAUAUGACUGUAUGAAGAUGCACUCAUAAACCUAUGUACAUGUGUGUAUUUUCACGCUUGAACUUUGUGUAUUAUAUGUGUAUGUGCAAGCACAUGUGCACUUGUGUUUGUGCAUUGCAUAACAUACAGGAAUGUGCACAUGCCUAUGCUAUCUUUGUGCGCAUGGCACACAUGUGAAAGUGUUUUUUCAUGCUCUUGAUGGAAGUGUCUAUCACUUUGGUCUGGUUGCCCCUGCUUGCCCUCACUGUGGGGCAGGGCCUACUUGGUGACAGACAUGGCUGAGGACCCACCUACCCUGCAAGCUCCUGGCAGAGAGCCAAAAGUGAAGAUGUGGAGACCCCAGGCUGGCCUCCUUCCCUCUGAGUGGAAGGUAGAAGUGAGGCCCUGCUGCUGGGCAUGUUGUCACUACCCACUCCCAGUGUCCCUCUGCCCCUUGCUGUGAGUGGCCUUUGCUGGACCAAGCCCCUGAGUUAAAAAUCUGGGCCCUCCUGCUCCUUAAGGAGAGGCACCGGAAGCUGAUGGACUGCCAAGGCUGAGAAGGCUCCUCUCAGUCAGACCUGAUACACCCUUGCUUCCUGCAUGCCUGCUUAAUCAUUGGUCACAGAACAGGCUGCAGAGCAGCCACGCUGCCCUUCCCUUCUCUGCUGAGGCAGGGGCCACUCCGUGCACUUCUGAAGAGGGCAUGAGCCCGUAAAUCUUUAGCUAAAUGUUGGAAAAGGAGGGUUACAGGGUAACUCAGCUGUGGCCACUGCUGUUGAGAACACUCCAAGAGCUCUGGCACCCCAGUGACUGAGAAGUUUUCAGUCCUGUGGCAGUCUGUCAAUAAAGCCAGGGAGGGCUAUGUCUGCCUCUCCCCUCCCCAACAGGCCAGUUGUUUCUGGGUUCACACCCACCCACCCUCCCUCAGCCACAGGUCCUUGGGACUUGGGAUGUUUGUUACAACAAGCUCCUGCCCUCCUCUUUCCACAAAAAAGCCCAAAUUUAAGUCAAAUUGUACUUUCUGAAAAUUCUCACAAGGGUGAGAAACCAUAGUGGGCCCUGAUGUCAGUUCUGUUCUUCCCACAGGGCCACACCAGCCUCUCUUCACCCACCACCAGCUGUAGCUCCCAUUGUUAAAACAUGGAGUCCUCUUACAGGCACCUUUUAUACACGCUGACCACCUGGGUACCAUGACCUAAAGAACCAUUCAGAGGCAUAGGAGGGUGGUUGGCGCUGGAGCAAUAUGAAGGUUCUCACACUAGUAGUUUCGGUGGGUCCCACCUCUGAAGGCUCAGCUGGAGGCCCUGUUGUGUGCCUACUGGGGAUUCCUUUCCUGCGUGGUCUGACUGGAGGCCAAGCAAAUUCUCUGCUAUCUCUGGCCCAUGCCUUGUGUUUAGGCCUUUAAGGUUUCUGUAAGUGUGACAGGAACCCAGGUUGGCUAAUGGGUCUGAAACACAUCUUUCUCAAUAAAGUGCUCCUAUUUAA